AUGUGGGUGGUUGAGACUACUGUGAUUGCAGCGGAAAAUGGAAAGGAGAAAGAGGAUGAGAGUGAGGAUGAAGAUGGCAGAGGGAUGUCACAGUUAGGUGGGUGCUCUGUAUUUGUCUUAUUUUCCCUCCUCCAUGUCUCGCUGAGUGUGGAAAUGACAGGGUUAUAUGGCAGCUUCACCUCCCCCAACUUCCCUCAGCCAUACCCUGAUAACCAGCACAUAGUGUGGAACAUCACAGUCCCAGACGGCCACAGGGUCAAACUCUACUUCAGCCACUUCAGCAUGGAACCCUCAAACCAGUGUGAAUAUGACUACAUUCAGGUUUUGGCAGAGGGGAAUGAGACCUUGCGGUUCUGCGGUGAGGAAGAGAAGAACUAUGAAAGCACCCCGAGGAACACCGUCAUCCUGUCAGCCGGGAACCUCAUGUCAGUGGUCUUUAGGAGUGACUACUCUAACGAGGGCCGAUUCACAGGCUUCCAAGCAUUUUACACCUCAGAAGACAUCAACGAGUGCCUAUCCAAGAUAGAUGGGGAGAGAGUGUGUGAUCAUUUUUGCCACAAUUACAUCGGUGGAUAUUACUGCACGUGCAGACAAGGAUACCUUCUCCAUGACAACAAAAGAUCCUGCACAAUGCCAUGCAGCAGCCAGGUGUUGACCUCGCUGUCUGGGUUUCUGACCAGUCCGGGCUACCCGAGUCCCUACCCACCCAUGACUCAGUGUGACCACACCAUCCGUCUGCCAGAGGGCUACAGAAUAAUCCUGGACUUCCUGGAACCCUUUGACAUAGAGGGACAUCCAGACGUCCCCUGUCCGUACGAUAUGUUGAAGAUUUCAACAGCUGGACAAGAGUAUGGACCCUUCUGUGGACCAGUGCCACCAGGUCGCAUUGACACAGGAAGUUACCAAGUCCAUCUUGCCUUCAGAUCUGACGCUAGUGGGAAAAACAAAGGAUGGAAGAUCAAGUACAUCAGUAACAAGGCUGAAUCCCUCAUUCUAACUAAAGACUAAUAGCUUGUUGACAUUAACAUUGUAUGUGUAGUUUACACAGUACCUUUUAAGUGGCAACUUAACAC